UCGUGUUGUAUGUUGGGAUUAUCUAUGUUGUAUAGGGAACAUGGCAUUUUUGUGCUUGCCUGGGGAAAGGGGGAGGGGGUUAAGUGUGAACUGUGUUUGAAAUGUGUUAUGAGUAUUUCGGCAGUUACGCUGAAGGACUCUAUAAAAUGGCUACCAACAAGGCAGUAUUUAUUUUAGACAAUGGUGCAUACACAGCAAAAGUUGGAUUUUCACAUUCCGACCAUCCUAGGGUCAUACCUAACUGCAUUAUGAAAGCAAAGAGUGAGAGAAGGAGACCUUUUGUUGGUGAUCAGUUGGAGGACUGCAGGGAUGUAUCAGGGCUGUUUUACAUAUUGCCAUUCCAAAAGGGAUAUUUGGUGAACUGGGAUGUUCAGAAGAAUGUGUGGGAUUACAUUUUCAGCAAAGAGUGCUGUCCAGUUAAUUUUACUGAGGCACCUCUUAUUGUCACUGAGCCAUACUUCAAUUUCCCUUCUGUUCAAGAAGCCAUGACUGAGAUAUUCUUUGAGGAAUAUGAAUGCACAUCCUUACUCAGAAUAAAUGCUGGAGACUUGAGUUGCUAUAACUACAUGAAGAAGAAUGCUGGCACUUUGUGUUGUCUGUUGGUUGAUUCAGGCUACAGCUUCACUCACAUUGCUCCUUACAUCAAAGGCAAGAAACUCAAGCAAGGGAUCAUAAGGAUUGAUGUGGGUGGCAAAAUGCUCACCAACCAUCUCAAGGAGAUAAUCUCAUACAGGCAGCUUCAUGUAAUGGAUGAAACUCAUGUUAUGAACCAGGUCAAAGAAGAUGCUUGUUUUGUGUCACAGAAUUUUCUUCAUGACAUGGAGAUAGCCCGUAAAAGAGAUGCAGAAAAUACAAUUGCUCGAGACUAUGUUUUGCCUGAUUUUACUACACUCAGGCGAGGAUAUGUUCGUUCUAUAGGUACAGCUGAUAAAUCCAGCGAGAGUGAACAGCAACAAAUUCUGCGCCUGAAUAAUGAACGGUUUACUGUGCCAGAAAUCCUCUUCCAACCUUCAGAUUUGGGUAUAUCACAGAUGGGAAUUCCAGAAGCUAUUUGCCACAGCAUAUCAGUAUGUCCUGCAGAGGCACAGUCACAUCUAUUUGCCAACAUCCUGCUUACUGGAGGUUGCACGCUCUUUCCUGGUUUCCGAGAGCGAGUCGAAGCUGAAGUACGAAGCAGAGCACCAGAUCAUGUAGAUGUUCGAGUUACAUUGCCAGCAAACCCUGUAACUUAUGCUUGGCAGGGUGGAGCAUCGCUGCAACAAGACCCAGAGUUCUUCAACAUGACAGUGAGCAGAGAAGAAUAUGAGGAAGAGGGACAUAAUUUAUGUUUUGAGAAGUUUGAUAUUUGAUGUCAUACUUUGGUGAUCAAUGAUGGGUCCACUCACUCUCUGUACACAUUGACCAGCUCUACUUAUGCAGACCAAUUUCAUUAUUCUAGUCUUUAGUAUCUAUAGCACAGACAAAAAUCGUUAAGUGGUCUGCCAAAACUGUUUGCAGUUUUGAAGUGGUCCUGUAAAAGGACAUUUUGGGAACCACUGCAAGCUCCAUACUAUACCUACAUUCUAAGCUGAUACUAUACUGUAGUCACUGCAUGAGUUAUGAAUAUUCCAUUUACAAACAUCUUAAAACUAUAAAGUACAAAACAUACAGAUGAGUACAAUGUAAAAUAUUGAGUUUUGCAAAUGAUAAAGGUUUAGCAUUACAGAAAUAAAUAUGCCUGUCUGUAUGUUUU